AUGAAAUCGGCUGAUGUUUUCUUCGGAUACAUGUGUCUUUCUUUGUUGGUCUGUGUUGUUGCUAGAAUAGGGGACCGAUUUUCGUCAUUAUCCGCGCUGAAGGAAUGGGUAGACCCUAACCCCGUACCAGGUUGUGUAUUGGGUAACACACAUUACCGUCUAAAGGAGAAAUUCAGUCCACCAAUUGAGCCGUAUGGAAGAAUGAAUUGUCUUAUAUGUCAAUGUAUACCGUUAAUGAAGAAAGGCAUUUUACAUCACUAUGGGAAAGUGAGAUGCGUCAAAAUCGAGAAUGAGUGCCCGCUACCUAAUUGCCCGAAUCCAGUUCUUCUUCCAGGAAAAUGCUGUAAAUCAUGUCCCGGAGAGACUGUGACGUUUGAAGACAGAUAUUCCCUGCUUCCGGUUGAUCUGGAAGCGGAAGUGGAUGCGGCGCUUACAGGAGACGGGAAGACUAUAGAUAAAUACAAAUCAAAAAAUUACAUAGCGUUACUGGUGGGUAGAAAUGUUCCUGGCCGAAUUCCGGUCUAUACUCGGGCAGUUGCUGUUGUCAAGUUGAAGGUGACCAAUUCGGGAGGUAUCCAGUAUACAAUGCGACAUGAAAGAUUAAAUCGUCCUAAAUCCAUUCAAAUGAUAGACAGAAACGGAAACAUCCUGAUACAAAAGCGUCUGGAAGCCCCAACAGAAGAUAACAAGUUCUGUGGAGAAUGGACAACAAUUCCCCUGUAUUAUCUGCGAUAUUUACACAAAAAGGAGAUUAUCAUCACUAUAACAACAUUUUCAUAUCCGGAAGGGGAAGUAAGCGGCCGACCGGAAGUAGAUACACGACAAAAUCCAGAAACAUUCGGUGCAUUGUUGGUGUCUCCGAAGCUAGACGGUUCCGGCGGGUACGCAGCGCUGACGUAUGGGCUUAAGAAAAAACGAAUAUCCUAUAUCCUAAUCCACGAUGGACUCUUUAAUAGCAAACGUAAACGACAAGAAUACUUCAUAACCAUUGAAAAAAGAACAAAGAUUUUGUAUCAAAAGACAAGAAGAUCACGCCGAAAGAAUAAAUUGCGAGGAUUUUGGAAAAGUUCAAAUAGGAAAAAUCGAAAACUUCUAGUACGGGGAAGGCUGCGUCUACGACUAACGUCGAAAGGAGGCACAAGUAUCAUAGGAUACAUAAAGCCUAUGUUUACUUGCGGUUCCUACCAAGCUGUGCUUUCGACUGGAGAGUCUCUUUAUGGAAGACAGAGUGCAUUAGCAAGUGCUGGAUCUGCAGUGUUUGAUGUACACGACAAUGGAGAUGUUGAUUACAAGAUAAGACUGUACAAUAUGCAAAACAUAGUCACAAGUAUUAGUGUCGAUACCCCAUCGAAGUCAGGAUCUCGAAAUAGUCGAAUAAGAGAGGUUAUUCGGACCUACGUCAGAAAUGGGUCGUCGUAUGACGGUAUGGCUACCGGAAAACUUUCUAAGCUGAAAGCAAGAGACAUAGCCUUGUUACAAGCUGGGAAACUGCAUGUCAAUGUAGCAACAAUCGCUAAUAGGAUUAGUGUUUUACGUGGGAGCAUUGAGCGGCUGGACUACCUCAGUCAUGCUAAUAUAUAUCAGGAGCCUCCAAAUAUGCUGAUGUCCUCUACCGCGUCUCCUACCGGCGUUGCGGGUCAUACAUGGAUUACAGUGGGUGAUGACUGUGUCUUACAUUACCAGAUCGUACUGUCGGGAUGGCGAGGACAGGAUGAAGAUCUCACAGCACUAAUAACCGGCGACUAUGAUACUACAGUCAGCACUAAUGCCAUCUAUACAAUAAUUAUCACCGACUUCCACAACGGCAAGGCUCGAGGAACAGUUGCGGAUAUGUCAGAAGAAGUAUUUCUGAGUCUGAAUAGAGGAACAUCCUUCCUUCACAUUGAGGUCAAGGGACAAAGAAAAGGAGAAAUACGGACGAAUUUAACCAUUCCAAAUAAUUGCUGGCAGGUGUUUAAUGACCAGAUACCAGAUGUUUUUGUUGAUGAGUUUGGCAAUCCAAUAACAGCACACAACCCUCGUCACAACUGUAGAUACAACGGUAUCGUAUACAGGGACAGUGACACAUGGCGCCACAACGUCACAUCAUGUGCCACUUGCAUCUGUAAUAGAGGAGACGUUCAAUGUCAUCCCGUAGUAUGUCCAGAGUUGACAUGUAUGGUCAAGAAAAUGUCUGACGAUGGCUGUUGUCCAGUGUGUGCAGACGACAGUCAUGACUACGAAACAGUGGAAUCAGAUAUGUCCAUACCUACCAACACUUCGUGCUAUUACCCUGGGGACAAACGAUGGCACCCCGCAGGCACACAGUGGUAUCCUUAUGUUCCACCAUUUGGAUAUGUGACGUGUUCAAUAUGUAGCUGUGAGCCUGGCAGUAAUUCAUACAAAUGUGUUCGGAAGGAAUGUCCUGAACUCAAGUGUCCACGUUCACAGGCGGUACGACUCAGAGAUACGGAUUGCUGUCAAACAUGUCCACAGUCUGUUACAGAGUCACCAGUUUCCAAAGAUUUGAUAACAAUCCCUCCUGUCGUUCUACCGGAAGUACCUUCUAAUAGAGGAUGUUCUGACGAAGUUCGGUCUACGGCGCAAUGGAGUAGAGCACCACCAUUUGGUCUCCGGAACUGUUACGUUUGCAGAUGUCGGGGAGGUUCCAUUAAGUGUCGAAUGAAAGAGAGAUGUAAUAAAAACAACUGCCGAAACUGUAAAACUGAAGGUCAGUGUAACGUUUAUCAUUAA